UACACAUUCACUGAACAGGGAAGAUUUUUGUUCCUCGACUCUUCAAGAAGAGCUGAAGAAGAAUGGCCCUCACUGAAGAGGCUUUUAGUAGCAACAUUGUGGGCCGCUCUCCGGAUUCCAAGACUGCUACGAUUCGAAAAGCUUUCAGCCGGCCAGCGAUGAUGAUGACUGACAGCCUCUGUUCGUCUUCGACCUACUCGAUCGAAUCUGCCGGGGAUCCGAACCGGCCAGAUUGCCAGACCCAGCCCGAGCUACAGUCCAGCCGACAACGCUCAGUGACGAUGGACAGUACCACCGGCUCCAGUGUCGAGACCGUCACCGGGCUCAGACUGAUGGUCUUGGAUGAGCACCAUCACCUUGUUACUCAGCCGGAAGAAUCUGCUUCAUCCUCCACCAGGGCCAGAAACGCCGCCAGUGGCUGCCAUACCCUCGGCACCAGCCAGCAGCACUCUGCACCAGCCUCGACGCGUGCCUCCCCCCUCCCGCAUCUCCCAGUCAAGAUCGGCCAGGAGGCGAACCGGGUGCCGGCUUCACCAAGCUCGUGCUACUCGACAGACAGCUCGAUGCUCAGCGAGAGCCGAGGCGGUCAUCCCCGUCGGAAAGCAGUUCCGGCCAGCCGGAUCGAGAGGCCGAUGUCGAUUUCCCGGACCGCGUCCAUCGAGUCUCUCUCGCCCCUCGAGAUUCGCCCACGACUGACCCACCACUCACCCCCACCCUGGUCGAUGGCUGCUGGACUGGUCGAGCCCUGUGCGGAUGAACUGGCGGACUCCUCUCGCUCAGAUGGCGGCCAGACUCAGACCAUCGAACCCACCAGUCCCAACCAUCCAUCUCCUCACCACCCUGCUCACCAACUCAAGCCAAGCCAGAAACGAUCCAGUACGGGCUUGGGGAAACUGUUCAAAUCAGUCAUCAAGUCAUCACUCCGGUCCAUCCCAGGAACCGGUAGUCAUCUUGAUCUAUCCUCCAGUCAUACCACAUCCACCGAUACAAUCCAUCAUCAUCAUCAUCAGGGCAACCAGCAGGGGUGGCCGUCUUCAGGCCAGGCCAAAUUCAACUCGCUCAAGUCGGUUGAUGUUGACUGUAGAACUGCCCUGGCCGAUGAGCAAUCCGACCCCUUAGACAUCACCUUGAUCACCCACCACCACGAGGAAUCAAAUAAGCCUCUAUCACCCCGCAGCCAGAGCUCCUGCUCAAAUUCCACCAUCGACAGUAUAACCACCUCCACCUCCCAUUCGGCCUCAAUCACCCCGAGCUCGAGUUUGUCCAGUCUUCCGGCUAUUGGCUCUGAUUGUCGAAACACAAAGAUACCUGGCUGGCGGCAACAUGAUCUAAACGGGCAUGGCAGUACUGAUCCAAACGAACCACUUCCUCCACUGAUUAACACACCUGACACCGCUCAACACCACAGUUCUUCCAACAGCAACUCCCCCAACAUGUCUACUCAAACCGCCUACAAUCACUCUCCACCACCUGCCAAUUGUUUUGGAAACUCCUAUUCCUCUAACAAUCUCCAUGGCAGGCGUGAUCACCCCAAGUUGAAGCUCAAAGCCAGUUUCGGCUUCCUUCAUAAUCUCAAGCGUGCCGUCGGAGGGGUCGACCAUUCACUCUCAUUUUCCUUCCACAACAACUCCUCCACUUUCCUUACCACCAAUACCAUCAGCCUUCCCUUCGGCACUGUGCUCAGGAACAACGGCUUGGACCCGUUACCGCACUGCCACCCUCUGCCACUCAAGCCAAGCCAGUCCAGUCCUUCGAGCCUCAACUACCCCUCCUCCUUGCCCCCUCGACUCCAGCAGGCCGAGCACUUCCUUCAGCCCGGACAACGCCUCGCUUCAUCCGCAUCCAACCCGGAUUUCUUCGAUGAGCAGCAGUACGACCGUUCGCCGGCGCCCGACCAAAACUUCUCCAUCCCUCCUCCGAAUGAAGCCCAUCAUCGCAGAACAGAUGAAGACUCCCCACACCCUCUCUCCCGUCAUCACAGAGAGAUUGACAACACCCUCCAUCCGCCCAAGUCGCCAUCGAUUGUGCCCGACGAUGCGCCAACGUUGAACUUGAGACCCGUCUCGAUACCCUUUGCAGCCGGCUUCUCCGACCGAUUACUGCUCGCUGAUCUCAACGCCGUCGAGCCUUCAGCCGAGACUCGAAAGGUGCUCAAUGGACGGAAGAAGCAACGACAAGGCUCCGAUCAUCAGGACCAUUGCUCCUGCUGUAGCUCUCUGGCUUCCGAGAACGAGGCCUUGAAAAAUCGGAUCAGGGAGUUGGAAUUGCACAUCUAUAGAAGUCACACUUCCAAAUCAAAGCCUGCUCAGGAGUAACUGAUUGAUUGCCAGGUCAAAUCUCCGAUGAUUAUUGUCGCCCGACUCCAUAAAACAACUAUGAAUAAAAAAACCUAAGAUAUACCAGAAGAAAAAAAAAACUAAACUGAAUUGUGGACCGUCAAUCCACUCGAUUUUUCUAUCGAGCGUCUUCUCCUACCAACAAAAAGAAAGAAAACCCAAACAAA